CACCGCCGCGCCGCUCGCCGUGCUGGCGCACCAUAAGGGAGUGAACCCGGCCACAACAUAUUUGGCGGCGGAGCGCGCAGCUGAAAACCUAGUGGGCGCGCUACAGGCGGCGGGCGAAGCCUCCGAGGGGGCGGAGCCCGAGACGGCGGGGACGGAGCGAGCCCGCGCCGCCGCCGCCGCGCACGCCGCCGUGCAACUUGCCGCCGACAUGCCGGCUUUGACCGACAUGCUGCUGGACCUGCACCACGCGUGGGACAGCGGCGCACGGCGCCUCACGCGGCAACCGGCGCUGGCGCACCACGCACACGGAUCAUCUACAGCGGCGUGGCCCUCGACCAGUACCAGUGGGCCCGGAGGGCCCGGGGGGCCAGCUGGGGGCCGCAGCGCAACAGGCGCCGGGGUAUGGCGCCGCGUGCGCCUUAAGCUGGAGGGACGCGAGCGCGAUGCGGCGCGCCGCGCCAUGCCGCAAGAACAGGUGGAGUACAUAAUAUCGGAAGCGAUCAGCGCAGAGAACCUGUGCCUGAUGUACGAGGGCUGGAUGGCGUGGGUAUGAAGCGCCCGCGGGACCCUCCUGAGGGACCGGACCCACACGACGCCCCGCCCAUGGCGCGCGGCGAGCAGCGCCCGGCGCUCGACGACUCGGCCUGCUGACGGUUUAGAUUACUUCUCGAUCGAUGUGUCUCUUUGUUUAAAUUCGAAGACGCACGUCCGUCUUCGCAGUGGAGGCCCGACGCGAGCACCCGCGGGCCGCAGACACGAUCGGGACUGCCGCGGACGAAACGCGCCGCGGCAGGCCGGCCAGCUUCACGAUCCCAGUCGUCAAGGACGACGACACCCGGACGCGUCGACUCGUUAGAUUCGUCGAUGUCGACGAAAGUCGACGGUAGUGGCGGUCAUCGAUUAAUAUAUUUCGUGCAUGUUCUGAACCGACUCCGCUUCGCAUCGAGGCGCCCGACCGAGUCCGAGAUCAGUGUUUCGCUGUAAGUUUCGAUUCCCAUAACGUCAAUAGCAGUAAGUGCCCCCGACCGGCACCCUAGAUUAGUCAGUUCGGUGUUGACGGAGCACCGAACCCGUCGCUCUCUCGAACAGCGUUCGCGCCGCGAACGUUCGUCCCGCCCACCUCGGACGAUAGCGUAAUCGCAUAAACGUAUUUUAUAGUAGUCGUAUUGUAUUUUAGUUCGAACUCGUUCGCUGUGAAUUUUUUGUCACCAUCUAUUGACACUGACGAUCGCUGAAAAUGACGAUUCUUAGUUCUGAUUUUAGAAGAUCUUUUACCAGGUGUUUGUACGAGGAUAACAUGCAAAGAAUUUGCAGAAAAUAAGUUCUUUUCCAUUAUUAUGUAUCACAUAUUUACCCGCAUAACCCUAUCGUAUGAAUGUAGUGUGUGUGAGCCGAAUUGUCUAUCCCAUCGCUUCGUAAGAUUGUGACGGUGAACGUGUCCUUUGUCCACUUGACUUCAAGCGAUCGCAUCUAGCUUGCUAACCUAUAACAGGAUACUUUCACCGAGAAUGUUUGUAUGUAUCGCUUCAUUUUAAUAGUAAUAAAUGGUGUAUGUCAAA